ACACACAGAUUCAGCAUACAGCAUUCGAGACACAUGGAUCAUUGCUGCACAGUGUGCCACGAGCCUUAUAAUUUAAAGUGUGCCACAGGUCUUAAAUUGAGUAGUCUGACAGUAGUGCUAGUGUUGUCUGUGUGUGAAGUUUGUCAUGAAAAUAAAAAUAAUUAUAACCUAAAAAGCUAUAAAAUAAUUUUUAUUCAAUGAUAUAUUGAAAGAAGUAUAUUGUUGCUAAUUAAAAAUUGCAGUUUGACCACAAUGACUGAAAACUGCGAUCCCAUCAGUCUGCUGGAGUCCAGAGUAGACGCGCUAGAAAAGAAAGUAUUCGGAAACGAGAGCGUCGACAACUUCGAUACAUCGAAUAGUGUCGUCGAUCUACUACUCAAAAACCAGACACUGAUAUCAACGGCAGUUUCGAGUCGAGAGAAGAUUAAUACUUUCGUGAAACGUAUCGAUUUCCUGGAGCAGAUCUUGGAUCCAACCUAUGAGGACAGUCUGGUCGACCGUAAUGCAAAAGUUGAAGUUGUGCUGAUGAUGGUGAACGAGUUCCAGGAGACCAUUGAGAGGCUGAAAAUGUUGCAGGAUAUGAUUGAUGUGCUCGAGAGCGAGAAGAUUAGAAGUGUUCCUCAGGUGAGAAGCAGACUGGACAGGUUACAAACAUUGGUAGUCGAUCUGGCUGAGAAAACACAGGAGACCAACGAAAAGAUCAAAGAGCUGGCAGUCUGCUAUGCACAAAUUAUGAACUCUUUCACCAAGGCCUUUUGUCAAAUCGACAGCGCCCUCAAACAAAUGGAGAUUGAGGCCAACCCGAGAAAAGUGUAUGAUUAACUUACAGGUAAUUUAUUGUUAAUGUUAAUAAGUAAUAUUAUUUUAUUGUAACUUGAUGUAUGUAUCAUGUUUUUCAUUUUAAAUAAACUGUGAUUGUAACUCUACAA